GGGUUUAUAUAACUCCAACGACGAAAACGAUUCGAGCUUCGUGCUGCAGAAACUCUCAGCCCCUCGAAAUAUUGUAUAGAAUCGCUCGGUGACUGCCAGGCAUUGACACAUCACUGCACUGCUCUUGUAUGAUAAACGUCUUAGAAAUAAAAGAUUAAAAAAAAAAAAACGAAAAAAUAAUAUAAUACGAACUAACGCCCUCUCGGUGGCCACGAAGAGGGAUAUUUAUUAUACUUUAUUAUUAUUAUAUAUGCAUAUAUAAAUCGGAGAAAAGUGAUCUCUAAAGUGACGUCACAAUAUUAAUUGAAUUGUGAUCUUGUUAAUUAGUUAGCCGUGUCGCAUUUCGUAUUGCCCGUAUUUAUUGUAGUUAAUAUUCUUUUAUUAUCGUUGUAAAUAUCAACAAUAUUUAUAUGUUACAUGUGACAUCGCGUUAUACUAUAAUACUAGUCAUCGAUCUAGUGUGUGUUUAUUGUAAAAUCAUAAUUUAAUUGUUACUAAAAGAAAUAAUUAACGAAAACUUCGGUCGAGUGCACUGAAGGCAAGAAGGGAAUUCGUGUUUGAGAGCAAGUUACGUAACUGUCAAGAUGCAGACUCAAUUAGGAUCUGGCAACGAUCUGCAGAGGAGCUACAGGAUCCAGGACUUCGCCACGCCUGGCGUCAUCAUGAGGGAGCGGAGCUUCGUACGCCCUCAGUCGCAUCACAACAUGCAUCAUCACCAGUUUUCAAAUAAUGGGAAACGACGGAGUAUGAUCCUCACCAACGCAAAGGGAAAACCGACUCUAGAAAUCUACAGACCACCAGGUGUCCGCACAGACGGCGUGGUGUCAACGAACGCUGGUGCCGCCUGUACGACCACCACGGCGGCCGGCAGUGGUGCUGCGGCCACCAACAAGCUGAAUGUGCACGCAAAGGAGUUCACAAUGGCGAAACCGAUUGACCUACACAACAGAAGUGAAAGAGAGGUGCUAUUUAGCGAUCUAGUGAAUUCGAGAAGUUAA